AUGGCAUCUUUCACGGUUAUCAUCAUCGGCGGCAGUGUAGCGGGGUUGACCCUAGCCAAUAUUCUCGAGAGAUAUGACAUUGAAUACAUACUCCUCGAGAAAUACAAGGAGAUUGCCCCCCAGCUCGGAGCUAGCAUUGGGAUUUUACCUUAUGGCUCUCAAGUCCUAGACCAACUUGGCCUCGAGGGACAGAUCUCGUCCUUGUGCGAACGAGUUGAGAGAAUGCAAACAUUUGGCCCAGCUGGAGAGUGUCUCGGUACUGAGGAUACAUUCGGUCAGCUAUUAGCUGACCUGACGGGAUACAAAUUCAGUUUCCUGGAUCGCCGUGAACUUAUCCAAGCACUUUAUGGCAAUCUCCAAGAUAAAUCGAAAGUCCUAGUGUCAAAGGAAAUUUUCAAAAUUGAAGAGCUCGACGACAAAGUGCAAAUCAUUACCAAAGGUGGUGCAACCUUUACGGGAGACCUUCUUGUUGGCGCCGAUGGCGUUCACAGCCGGACUAGAGCCGAGAUGUGGUCAAUUGCUGAGGCAGAGGGUCCUGAUUAUGGAACCAAACGAUUGGCUAACUCAAUUACUUGUGCGUACCGAUGUAUGUUCGGCAUCGCCGAUUGCCCGGAAGGCAUUCCCAAAGAGACAGGGUUCAAAUCCUACCACAAGAACCGCUCGUACUUGUGCCAGUCAGGCCGCGAAGGCAAAUUUUACUUUUUUGCAUUCAUAAAGAACAAACACAAAACUGUCAACCAGUCCAUCCCCCGAUAUACCGCAGAGGAUGAACAAGCUGUGGUGGAUGACUAUGGGGCGGAUAUUUUGCGUCCAGGAGUCACGUUCGGCGAUAUAUAUAAACGGCGUCGGCAAGCAGUUCUUGUUCCACUGCAAGAAUACGUGUUGGAGAAAUGCUUUUACAAGAGAGCAGUUUUGAUCGGUGAUGCCUUUCACAAAUUCAACCCUCUCACGGGGCAAGGUGGGAAUUCCGCGAUCGAGGAUGCAGCUUUGCUGGGAGAUAUAUUGAAAGAGGCGGUACAGAACGACAUUCGUCCAAACAACUCCGCAAUCCUAGCAGGCCUCGCCAAAUUCCAGCAACAACGUCGACCCAGAACCAAUUUGCUGCGACAAGGAGCGAGUUCAUUACAAGCGCUUGAAGCCCUGGAAAAUCCUUUACUAGAAUUCAUGGCUCUCAAGGUCAUAGGUAAAAUGUCCAUCGAUAAGCUGGCUCCAAAAUUCGCUGAGAUAUACUCGCCUGGUCAUGUCUUAAAGUAUCUUCCUGGGCCAUCCCUUGGAGGUAUUGUUGCCCGCGACAAGGAUAUAAGCGCAAAGCCGAGCCAGCGAUCACUGCAUGCAACUGUCCUUUGGGGUACUAUCAUGGCUUUUAUUCUAUCUCUACGGGUACUCAUAGCUGCAUACACAAGCCCCGGGGAUGAAUUGGGAGCCAUCGGCGACAGACUCCAGAUUUACAAUUUUAUAUCUACGGUCGCUGUGAAUGCGUUGUGGACGGUGGAGUCAUACCGGCCUGGCUCCUUCUUCGGGCCCAUGUAUAGUGCGCUCCUCUAUACUCUCGCCUCCACCGUUGUAGGAUGGGACAUUGUUCUGCCAACCUACUUCAUCUUGUACAUCUACGAAAGCCGCUCUCAGUCAUUUUAUUAUCCUAACCCCAGAGCCAUUGACAUCAGAGCAGCUGAAGUCCUUCCCACAAGCCUCUUGAUCGCCUACAUUCCAUCAAUGCUAUCGGCUCUGGUUACAUCUGCCGAAAACUUGGCUUUUACUCGCCGGUUGCUCCCUGCGAGCCAUUUCGCCCUUCCUAUCCUGGUAUACCUGGGAAAGAAGCUAUCAAACCAAGACCCGCCCAAAUCCAACGUCCCGGAUUCCAUAUAUGGUAAACGAGAUAUACCUUAUCUUCUCCGAACUUACAACAUACUUACCCUCGCCUGCGCAACAAUUCAUCUUCUUAACGUGAGCCAAAUGGUGCUCCAAUUUUGGACAAAGGGCUUAGCCGCAAAUUUCGUUUUUUCACGCGACCUCGUGCAGUUCAUGGUACUUUCCAUUGCCAUCAUAGUCUGGUGUUUCUUCACAACCUGGGACUUACACCGCACACACAUUACCCAGACUUCUUUCUCUUCUGAUAUUGUUUAUUGUUGUGUGGCAGUUCUAUUCAUCGGACCGACUGCUACCAUGUUGAGUACAUGGAAGGCGCGCGAGGUUGCACUGGAAAGCUCAAGAAGGCGGCGAUGA